CCUUUCAAAAUUACGGCCAAAAAAAUUACCAAUGGAUAACGCUGCCGGAGAAUUUAUGGAUACAGAUCCGGUGAAAAACCCGGCAAGACUUUUUAUUAGAGAAAUGGUUAUGAAGAAUUUCAAAUCUUAUGCUGGCGAACAACGCGUUGGCCCGUUUCAUAAGAGUUUUUCAGCUGUUGUUGGACCUAAUGGAAGUGGGAAGAGUAAUGUGAUUGAUGCUAUGUUGUUCGUUUUCGGAAAACGAGCUAAACAGAUGCGUCUUAACAAAGUGUCAGAGCUUAUUCACAAUUCAACGAAUCACCAAAAUCUUAACAGCGCACGUGUAUCAGUUCACUUUCAAGAGAUUAUAGAUCUGGAUGACGGAACAUAUGAAAUAGUUCCGGGAAGUGAUUUUGUAAUAGCACGUGAAGCUUUUCGUGAUAACGCGUCCAAGUACUAUAUUAAUGGGCGCGACAGUACAUUUACUGAAGUUACAAAGAAAUUAAAAGGGAAAGGAGUUGACUUAGACAAUAAUCGUUUUUUGAUUCUUCAGGGCGAGGUUGAGCAAAUAUCACUUAUGAAGCCAAAAGCUCAAGGUCCUCAUGAUGAAGGAUUUCUUGAAUAUUUGGAGGACAUCAUCGGAACUAACAAAUACCUGGAAAAGAUUGACGAGUCCCAUAAGCAGCUUGAAGCUCUGAAUGAGAAGAGGUCUGGCGUGGUUCAGAUGGUUAAGUUAGCAGAUAAAGAACGCGACAGUUUGGAGAGUGUGAAAAAUGAAGCAGAAGAUUACAUGCUCAAGGAGCUUUCUUUGCUUAAAUGGCAAGAAAAAGCUGUAAAAUUUGCUUCCGAGGAUAAUGCUGUGAAAAUGGAAGAAGUUCAGAAGACAGCAUCUGGCCUGGAAGAAAAUUUAACUUCUGAAAGGGAGAAGAUUCAGGAAAACAAAAAAGCAUUGAAGGAGCUCGAGAUGUUGCAUAAUAAGUAUAUGAAGAGACAAGAGGAACUAGACGCUGGGCUUAAGCGGUGCAAGGAUGAAUUCAAGGAAUUUGAGCGGCAGGAUGUGAAACACCGUGAAGAUUUAAAACAUGUUAAACAAAAGAUUAAGAAAAUGGAUGAGAAAGUUGAAAAGGAUUCAGCAAAGAUAAUUGACAUCACAAACCAGUCUGAAGAGUCAACCAAUAUAAUUCCCAAACUUGAGGAAGAUAUCCCCAGAUUGCAAAAGAACUUAUUAGAUGAGGAUAAAAUAUUGGAGGAAAUUAAAGAGAGCUCCAAAGUUGAAACCGAGGCAUUUUUAACAGAGGUUUCCAAGGUUCGUGCUGAACUUGAACCUUGGGAAGAACAAAUUAUAGAUCAUCGAGGAAAGCUUGGUGUUGCUUCCACUGAAAAGAAACUUCUGUCUGAGAAGCAUGAAGCUGGUCGUGCAGCAUAUUUGGAUGCUCAGAAACAGUUGGAUGAUAUACAAAAGAAAAUUGUAACAAAUACUUCAAGCAUUAAGGAUAUGCAAACUAAGUUGGAGAAAAACAAGCUUGAAUCUUCAAAAGCUCGUAACCUGGAACAAGAAUGUCAAAAAGAACAAGAGGAACUGAUUACUCUUGAGCAAGCAGCAAGACAAAAAGUCACAGAGCUUAAGUCUGUUUUGGAAGGCGAAAGGAAUCAGGGAUCUGUUCUGAAAGCAAUUAUGCAAGCCAAAGCUUCCAAUACAAUAGAAGGAAUUUAUGGACGGAUGGGCGACUUGGGCGCUAUAGAUGGGAAGUAUGAUAUUGCCAUUUCAACAGCCGUUGCUGGACUCGAUUAUAUUGUAGUGGAAACAUCAUCAGCAGCACAAGCAUGUGUGGAUAUGCUUCGAAAGAACAACCUUGGUGUUGCUACUUUCAUGAUAUUGGAAAAACAAGCUAAUUAUAAGUCUAAAAUGAAGGAAAAAGUAAGCCCUCCAGAGGGUGUUCCACGUCUCUUCGAUCUCAUCAAGGUGCAGGAUGAAAGAAUGAAACUUGCUUUCUUUGCAGCAAUGGGCAACACAGUUGUCGCCAAUGAUAUUGAGCAGGCAACACGUAUUGGUUAUGGUAAAAAUAAAGAUUUUCGGCGUGUUGUGACACUAGAUGGUAAACUCAUUGAGUCAUCGGGGACUAUGAGUGGUGGUGGAAAGGCACCACGUGGUGGUAAGAUGGGGACUUCCAUCAGAGCCACUAGUGUCUCUGGAGAAGCUAUUGUUCAGGCUGAAAAUGAACUCACUCAAAUAUCAGAAAAAUUAAGAAGUGUGAGGCAACAGAUUUCUGAAUUGGCUAGACAUUACAAGGAAUUGGAAAAGGACGUGGCACGCCUUGAACUUGUCUUAGCAAAAAGCCAAAAAGAGAUUGAAAGUUUGAUUUCCCAAGAAAAAUAUCUUGCAAACCAACUAGAAUCCUUAAAGGCCGCAGCAGAGCCAAGUAAACAUGAACUUAAUCAACUCGAGGAACUCACCAAAUAUAUAUCAGAAGAAGAAAAAGAGAUCAACAGAUUGACAGAAGGUUCGAGACAACUGAAGGAAAAGGUGUCGGAACUUCAAAACAAAAUAGAUAAUGCAGGUGGGGAAAGAUUGAAGAAACAAAAGGCAAAGGUUGAGAAGAUCCAAAAUGACAUUGAUAAAAGCAGCACAGAGAUUAAUCGGCACAAAGUUCAAAUAGAGACUGGUCAGAAAAUGUUGAAGAAACUUACGAAUGCAAUUGAAGAAUCAAAAAAAGAGAAAGAAAAGCUCAUUACGCAGAAGGAAAAUUUGCUUAGCACAUUUAAAGAGAUCGAACAGAAAGCUUUUAAGGUUCAAGACGAUUAUAAGAAGACGGAAGAGCUUAUAGAUCAACACAAGGACGUGCUUGGAAAAGCAAAAUCUGAUUAUGAAAAGUUGAAGAAAACAGUAGAUGAGUUGCGGACAUCUGAGGUUGAUGCAGACUAUAAGCUACAAGACCUGAAGAAGAUGUCAAAAGAGCUGGAAAUGAAGGAAAAAGGAUACAAAAAGAAGCUCGAGGAAUUAAAUAACACUCUCUCUAAGCAUAUGGAGCAAAUUCACAAAGAUCUUGUGGAUCCAGAGAAGCUUCAAGUUACACUUGGAGAUGAAUCUUUUGCUAAGGGUUCUGAUCUUAAAAGGGCUUUAGAAAUGGUCGCCUUACUUGAAGCACAAAUGAAAGAGAUGAAUCCUAAUCUUGAUUCGAUUGCUGAUUAUCGUAAAAAAGUAUCCGUGUACAAUGAGCGAGUGGAAGAGCUUAACUCGGUAACCAACGAACGUGACGAGACCAAAAAGCAAUAUGAUGAGUGGAGAAAGAGAAGGCUAGAUGAGUUCAUGGCUGGGUUUAAUACUAUAUCACUGAAGUUGAAGGAAAUGUACCAGAUGAUUACUCUUGGAGGUGACGCAGAGCUUGAGUUGGUGGAUUCAUUAGAUCCAUUUUCUGAAGGUGUUGUAUUUAGUGUUAGGCCUCCUAAGAAGAGUUGGAAAAACAUUGCAAAUUUAUCCGGAGGCGAAAAGACCCUCAGCUCACUAGCUCUUGUUUUUGCACUCCACCAUUACAAACCAACACCCCUUUAUGUUAUGGAUGAAAUUGAUGCUGCUCUGGAUUUUAAGAAUGUCUCGAUUGUCGGCCAUUAUGUUAAAGAUCGUACAAAGGAUGCACAGUUUAUUAUCAUCAGCUUAAGAAACAAUAUGUUUGAGCUGGCCGACAGACUUGUGGGUAUUUACAAAACCGAUAACUGCACCAAGAGCAUUACCAUCAAUCCAAGAAGUUUCGUUGUUUGCGAGAAGGGUGCUUAAACUCACCAUUUGUGAACUUAAUUGUCAUGUUCAAGAUCAAAACCAUGUUGUGUUUUGUUUUUAAUGUAACAGUUCCUACAUGUAAAUGUCUUGUAUAUUUAUUAAACAUUCUAGUCUUUCUAAGUUUAAGUUUGAAUACUUAUGUAUCUAUACUAAAACAUACGCACCAAUGAAUGCAAUAUGCUUAAUUGCA